AAUAAAGUUGCCUUUAAAGUUUAGAGUUAGACGUAAACAUGUUCAGUUUGUUGUUUUAAUGCCUCGCUGUGCAGCUGCAAAGCUUUUAAUCUGAAAUGUUUCUGCUCGGAUCGAGAUGAGAAAGACUGAACUCCGCUGAACCUGCAGGAUGUCGGCUUCACGUUUCACUUCCGGCUGGAGAGUCACUGCAGCGGUUCAUGUUUUCUCUUCAAUAAACUAGCAAUUAAAUAAAACCAGCAAUAUGACAUGUGAUAAAAUAAAAAAAAAAGAAAAGAAAACCUGGUUUUGUUCAAGUCCUAUAUUUUAUCAUGCUCAAAAUACGUCAUCAGGAUAAUAAUAAUAUAAAUAAUGCUCUAGUCGUGAUUGAUUUUAAUUCAUUAUUCUAAGACAAAUACAAUAAAUUCUGCAAUAUUAAUAUUUAUCUCUUAUUUUAUUAUUUGCAAUACUGAUGCUAAACUGUUCGUCCAACUUGAGGAUAAUGAAAAUACAUUAAAAAAUAAAUAAAAAUAAUCCAUUUAUGAUUGACUUAAUUCAUCUAAAUGUGUUACUUUUAAAUAAUAAAACACUAAAUGCUGUGACAAAAUGUUUUAAAGUAAUGAUGUUGAGAGGAAUCAUCAGUCUGUAAAUGUUUUGUUAAAUUUUUAGUAAAUAUUCAGUCAGAUUCUGUUCUGCAAAAGGCGAAAUAAAAAGUUUAUAAUAAGAAAUAUUUGCAACAUUCGUCAACACUGAUGAUGAUGGUGAUGAUGAUGAUGAUGAUGAUGAUGGUGAUGAUGAGGCUGAGAGGUUCCGCUGGAGGAGGUGAUGGUGGGAGGAGAGGCGGAGGUUCGGUGGCCCCCCACCCCCUCCGCAUCAAACCUGCCCCCUGCACCGGAGCCGCCGACGGGCCGUGAUGCUGCAGCCGCCCGCAGAUAAAAGACCCGCCGCGGCGCUGCGGACAGAAAACACGCAGCGGGAAAUCUGCGGCUGCAAAACCUCCGCAACAGAAAUGUAGAGGAAUCAUCUGAUUUUUGUUGCUUUUAAGGAUCUGCGUGAUGGAAGCGUCUCUGCAGAGUUUUCCCGCAGUUAACGGUUUAACUCCCGGCGCCCUGCUGGCGGCCUGCCUGGCUCUGCUGCUCUCCGUCAGGCUGUGGCUCCGGCGCCGCGGGGCCGCUCCGGGCCUGCCGGGGCCCUUCGCCUGGCCCGUUAUCGGGAACGCCGCGCAGCUCGGCAACACGCCGCACCUGUACUGCACCCGCAUGGCGAGGCAGUACGGCGACGUGUUCCAGAUCCAGCUGGGCAGCCGAACCGUGGUGGUUCUGAACGGCGGCGCCAUCCGACCGGCGCUCAUCAAGCAGGGUUUGGACUUCGCCGGGAGGCCGGACUUCACCUCCUUCCGGUUCAUCGCCGACGGCCAGAGCUUGGCGUUCGGCACCGUCACGGACUGGUGGAAGACGCACCGCAAAGUGGCGCAGUCCACCGUCCGCAUGUUCUCCACCGGGAACCCGCAGACCAAGCGGACCUUCGAGCAGCACGUCCUGGCCGAGUUCAGGGAGCUUCUGCGGCGGUUCGUGGAGAAAACGCGGGCGGAGCGGUACUUCCAGCCCUGCACCGACCUGGUGGUGUCCACGGCCAACGUGAUGAGCGCCGUCUGCUUCGGGAGGAGGUACACCUACGAGGAUGCGGAGUUCCGGGAGGUGGUGGGCAGGAACGACAAGUUCACCAAGACUGUGGGAGCGGGGAGCAUCGUGGACGUGAUGCCGUGGCUGCAGUACUUCCCCAACCCAAUCAAAACCAUCUUCGAGGACUUCAAGAACCUCAACCGGGACUUUGGGUCGUUCAUCCGGGAUAAAGUCAUGGAGCACAGGAAGUCCAUGGAGUCGAGCGCCAUCCGGGACAUGACGGACGCGUUCAUCGUGGCUCUGGACCGAAACACGGAGACAACUGGACUCUCCUCUGGGAACGACUACGUGACUCCCACCAUAGGGGACAUUUUUGGAGCCAGCCAGGACACGAUGUCCACGGCUUUACAGUGGAUCAUCCUCAUACUGGUCAAGUAUCCUGAGAUCCAAACGCGUCUUCAGCUGGAGGUGGACAGAGUUGUGGACCGGAGUCGUCUGCCGUCCGUCGAGGACCAGGCCGAGCUGCCGUACGUCAUGGCCUUCCUCUACGAGGUGAUGCGCUUCACCAGCUUCAUCCCGCUCACCAUCCCCCACUCCACCAUCACAGACACCUCCAUCAUGGGCUACGCCAUUCCAAAGAACACCGUCAUCUUCAUAAACCAGUGGUCCGUCAACCACGACCCGGCCACGUGGUCCAACCCGGGGACCUUCGACCCUGAGCGCUUCCUGGACCCCCAGGGGGCGCUAAACAAAGACCUGGUCGCCAACGUGCUCAUCUUCUCGUUGGGCCGGCGGCGUUGCAUCGGCGAGCAGCUCUCCAAGAUGCAGCUGUUCCUGUUCACGGCGCUGCUGGCGCACCAGUGCCGCAUCUCCGCCGACCCGGCGAAGACUCUAACCCUGGACUACAAGUACGGCCUGACUCUGAAACCGCUCGACUACGCCAUCGCCGUGUCUCUGCGGGAAGACGUGACUCUGCUGGACGCUGGUGCCGCUCAGGCAGUCACAAAUGAACAAUCAGCAGAAUUACAGGCAAAAGAUUAAAGAUUAAAGGCCACAGCAAGAGGCUGCAACCUGCAGAGCCACAAAUGGCUCAUCGGACCCAAAAACUUUAGUAAAUAUAUAGUAUAUAUAUAGUAUAUAUAGUAAAACAGCCUCAAAAUAUUUGAAAUAUUGACACGAUCGGACUUGGAAGCGUAGAAAAAUCCAAACUUUUACCCGUUUUUCUCAACACAGAGAUUUCAGAUCAUCGUCCGAUUCUUUUUAUUUAAAAUCCCCUCACAUUGUAGAAAUCCUGCAUGAACUCUUAACAAGGUCACCAGGGUGUUUGGACGAAAAAGAGGCCCACAGCAUGACAGUUCCUCCACCGCACUUAACAAUGGUGCUUAGAUUUGGCAUUUUAGGAAAAAAAACACUUUUUUCUGUUUUAGCUUCAAUCAGGUUCUGAUAGAAAAGGAAUAAAAUGUUGAAUUUAAUUAUUUGCAUUUUUAAUGUUUUUCUAAAAUUAAAUGAAAAAUAUGCCAAUAUUUUUAUCAGAUUAAUCGAUUAAUCAUCAGAAUAAUCAAUUAAUCACUUACUAAAUUAAUCAUUAAUUGCAGCCCAGGUUUUACAAAAGUUAAUCCACCUACAAAAUUCGUAAACGUAAAAAAAACACCUUCAUUUAUUGAUUGUUUUAUUUCUUUAAAAAGCUAAUUUGGUUGAUGUGGGAGAGCUGUAUGGAAGGAUUUUUCUAAAUCUUUUAGCAGCUGCAAUAACAGACAGAUUUA